CUUAUAACGGUAAACAAGUAUACUAGCAAAACAUUUUGCAUGACUCGUACCGUCUUGCAAAUUAUUCUUCAUUUACUAGUUUGAUGCUCUUCGUACACAUAUAAUUUUACCAUUGAAGGUUAUAGAAGUUACAAUCCGACAUUUACAUAUAUUUAUCAACUAAUCCAGCGAAAUUUCCGCAUAUAGCGCCUACGGCAAUAUCCGCCUAUUUGCAUCUAUUGAUGUACUAAUCCAUACAGAACAAUGACCUACACAUAAUACUCCGCCUUAUCCAUAGGCUUGCUUCGUAUUUGAAUUGCCAAAUCUCCCUGCGCGUGUAACUCAAAAGGAUCCAGUAGCCAUGUCGCUUUGUGCCCUGCGUCUUCAGAUUAAUGCUGCAUAAGCCAUCUUGUUAUAAAAAGCUCGCUUUUUCGCGGGAGAGGGAAGCAUCGAUAGCGGAGCGUCGGCAACGGUGGGCGAGGAGGUUGAGAACGACAUCAGCGAUUGCAGCGCCAUUCGCGCCGACAAGUCCGUUGCAGUCUGCUUCACCAUCUUUCGACCGCUCGAACAGCGAUAACAUUGGGCGACCACGUUCUGUUUUGGUAAUUGAGCUUGUGUUCUGUGGAGCGAGGUGCACCAGAACGAUACGAGUGUGUCAUUCGAAUUCGCAGAAAAUACACGGCGUUGAGCUUGCUUUUUGCCCAGGAUAAAUUAAAUCGACGUCAUAGUUGAUGUGGAUAUAGUUCGACCUGCUUUAACGAGGUUAGAGCAUCAAGUGGAGAUGUGAAGUUAACGCUCUGGAACGCUUUCACGUAGUAACAAACGACAAGGAGAUCAAGACAGGCCCCAGAGAGGUUUAUUUGUCAAGAAUUUCUUAGCGUGUGCCAUCAGCGCGAUUUAGUAUGGCUGUCCGAGAAGUCGCUUUUACCUGCGAUGGGGCGGGUAAUUAUAACGUACGUGUAUGGGACCUUCAGAGCGGGAGUCCGUUAGCGACCUAUUCAGGUGGAGCAUCGCAGCCUCGGACGUUGUCCUUUGUCAAAGGAGACUACAUCAUGUCAGCUCAACGGGAUAAGCCAGCAUUCAGCUUGUGGUCGUUUCGGCAGUAUAACCAGGUAAAUCGGAAAUUCGCAGCUCCAGGCAAAGUCCGAACCAUGGAUAUCUCAGCCAGUGGAGAGUUCUGCGUGGCCGGUAUCGAUCAGGAACUCUUUAUCUGGGACGUACAGGGCGGCACUCUAUUAGGCAUAUUACAGGGACAUUACCAGCUGGUCUCAGUGGUAAAAUUUACAGAAGAUGACCGACACAUCGUAUCAGGCUCACUGGAUAGCGGUAUCUGUGUAUGGAAUGUGAACGAUUUAGAGCGUUUAGCUGACGGAGAACCUGUACAGCCGAUCACCGUUCUCAAAGAUCACACUCAGGCGAUCACCGAUAUCUCUGUACGAGGCUCUCUUAUCGCGUCCGUUAGCACAUCUGGAAUGCUCGCUAUUCAUAAUCUUCGUUCAUCGGGUUGGUUGGAUCUCAAGAAAAAUUUUUCAGUGCCUGCGGAAUCAGUAACUUUAAGCAAAUUGCUCGACGCCGUCUUUGUUGGCUUCCGUGAUGGGAAAAUUGUUCGGAUGUCGCUACGCGAUGGGGAAGAGUUAGAAUUCACUGGACAUUCGGGGCCUGUUCGCAGUCUGUCCUGCUGGGCCCAUUUAUUGCUAUCGGGUAGUGAUGACUGCACAGCGCGUCUUUGGGACGCGACACACGGUCACCUUGACCAGACAUUACGCCACGAUGGACCUGUAACGAAUUGCAAGAUCGCUCUGCUACCAGCGAAUGCACUCGCCAGGGAGACGAACCGUAGUAAAGCACUUCUUCCGGUCAAGAACUUCCAACGUACCGUCAGUUUCGCUGAAGUCUUCCAUGAACCCGAAUAUCAACAGGUCCCCUCGGAAUGGAACGAAAUCUCAUCAACAGUUCCGGCUCAGGAAGUCAUAGCUGCGCAGGCAGCACCACUUAGCAACGAGGAGCGCACUUCACUGGCAAAUCUGGCUGCAGCCAAUUGCGAUAUAGUUUCUGUAUUGUACAAUAUUCUAUAGAUGAGAAAAGACAUUAUUCUCAAUUACCUAACUUUCAUGUAUCUCAUCUUUUAGACCAUGUGUUUUUUAGUUUUUUUUUUUUUUUUUUACUCUUUGCGAAGGAAACAAGUGUUGUACACUUAUCCUAGAUUUACAUACAGUGCACACAAUAAUGAUAAAAUAUUGACAGCUAUUGGAAUAUUGAGCACUCCUAUUGCAUAACGAAAUUCACGUUCAUCGACGUGCUGAAAAUUAUCUUGUAUUUAUUUAAGAUAUUUACAUAUAAAGGAGCGGUCUACGUGGGAGAAUCGUCUGAUUUUCAAUAUAAGCUUCAACAAGAACAGACCACACCGUUAACAUGCUAGAUAUCUACAUAUUAUGCAUGCAUAGUUUCUUACAACGGCAAACAUAGGUAGUGAACCAAGAGUCUAUACAGAAAAAUAAAUUCAUAAUGAAACUGUAUAAUAAAGUUCUCAAAUCUAUCAUUUUUGAGUGUAGACGAGUG